AUGACCCAUAGUCAGGAGACAAAACACGAAACAGGAGCACUGCUGAGCUGGCAAAGGGUUGUCGUCGAAAAAACAUGGAGAACUUCCCCCUACCCUGAUACGCUUCUCCCCCACUUGGCUCCAGGCAUUGUCAGCAGCGAUGAUUUUGCUGGUUUCGGAGUCGGCCUGAACCUGUGCGAGAAACUCAGUCAGUCCGAAAACAAACUCUUCGAUAGCUACGGUAUCCUCGACAACCAGGUCGGACGGCCCACCAAAAGAUACUCCAUCAAACCUGACACUUCAGACAAUGACUCCCAACCCCGGUCUCUCGUCUCCCUGAGCGACAUCCUUGCGCACAACCGCUUCCCGGUCAUACCUCUCACCGGCCGUCUCCAGCUUGCCCUGACGAUUUCCUGCAGCAUCCUGCAACUGCACGACACCCCCUGGUUCCCGACCAUCCUCACCAGUAGUCACAUCUUCUUCCUCCAGGAACACAACGGCCCCGACCCGGCAGCCAUGUACUCGCGCCCAUUACUCCUACAACAUCUCGCCAACUCGGCAGCGCCGCCCACGGUACACGUACAGUACCCCCCCGAAGAGGAAGAACAAGUGGUGAAGCUGGAAGGGGGGCUGAUCGCGAAUCGCAAUCCGACGCUGCUGUCGCUGGCGUGCCUGCUGAUAGAGGUGCUCCUGUGGCAGCCGCUCGACUCGCGGUGUACCACUGCUGGUUCUCCCGCGGGCGGCGCCGUAGAUCUGAUGGCGGACUUUGUGGCUGCGCAGGCCCUGAUGCCCAAUGUAAAGUUGAUGGGCGAGGAGUGCGAGGAGGCGGUGGAAUGCUGUCUCUAUGAGGGUCGGGGAUCUCAGCGAGGCCGUGGGCUAGAGGAUGGAGAAUUGUAUGAGAAGGUUUAUCGGGGGGUUGUGCCUUUGUUGGAGAAGGAUUUGGAAUGGCGUAGGAAGAAGUGAAUGGCAUAGGUAUAUUAUAAAUAAUACUUCCAA